CGUGCAUGAUUGCUCGCUGCGCAAAAGACCAGCCUGCAGCUGUACUACGACCUACUCCCCCCUCCGCUCGCCCCUUUUUCUUAGCCGCCAUCCCAGGACGUUUGUCCACGGCUAUCAGACGUUGCGGGAGCUCUCGUCUGCGUCCGCGCUGGGAUUCUGCGCUAGCAAACGCUGGUCGCUUUUCUUCCUCUUCCGUUGCAUGGUCGUGCGCUUCAGUCGCCCUCGCAAUCGCUGUCGCAGGCGCACCACUACUACUCCUACUACUAGACGAGGAUCUGUCGUACUUCAUCGUCGUCGACACCAUCAUCAUCAUCAUCAUCAUCUUCUUCUUCUUCUUCUUCGUCUUUCGUCAAUACCAUCUCCCUUGCUGCCAUCUUCACCGCAACCCUCAAUCGCCAUCCGCUCGGCGUAAGCGUUCGCGUCGUGUUUUUCAACUGCCUGCCCGCCUUCCUCUGCCCCUUGACUUUCUGGGGGUGGGAAGACUGUCCAAGUCGAGUUAAGACAAGAAGGUAACUUGAACGUUCCCAAAGCGCGCGAACGCUUUGGGCGUUGCUAGGGACGAGCAUUCCCGCUCUCCGCAUUGUCAGUGUGUCUGGCGCCAGGAGCCUGUCCUGACCCUUUUUUUGACUUUGAUUACCCGUUGUCCGAACCAUCUUGCGACACCACGACCCUACAACUCGCGCCUUUGCUGCGCCCUUGAACAUUCUCGCAUCGUCUACUCACAGAGCCGCAUCUUCGCGCUUCCGUACGCGACUGGUCUGCAAUUGUCGUUGACGACCCGUGGUCGAUCCUUGUACCAGCCGAUCGCUGUCCCGUCACCCUGACCCUUCGACGUCGGACCCUCCCAAAACCCACGCGCACUACACACCACGCCUUCGUCCGUCAUGUCUGCGUCCGCGCAGCUGAAGGACUCCUCUGCCUCCCACCCAGCUGGCGCAACCGGUCCUAGCAACGGCACCGCUUCACCCAAUUCGUCACAGCAACAGCCAGCCCACCAGAACGGAGAGCGACGGACCUCCUUCGGUUUCCUGCGCCGCCAGAAGAGCAACGACGCUGGCAAGAUGCUGAAGAAGCAGCGAGGCGUCUCGGACACAAACGCGCAGCCGCAGGGUGUGCCUGCUGUGCCUCCUCAAUUGCCUACCCCGUCGCCGCUCUCCAAGAUUCCCGGCUUCGGAGGCGAGAAUGCCCGCCCGGACUCAUAUCAGAUCGCAACCAACUCGUACAGCACGGGCACGGGCACGUAUGGCAGCUACCAACAGGUACCCGUGCCACCCAUCCCGUCUGGUGCGGCUGCUGUGAAAAAUGGAGAUCACAACAUCGACCCGUAUGCGAGAACCGAGAGCAUGACCCACCGUGGUCGGUACAGCUAUGCCAGCAGUGCUAUCUCCAGUGGAACUGGUAUCAACAGUCCACGCAGAGUGAGGAGAAGAAAAGACCCCACCCCUUACAAUAUCCUUGUCAUUGGCGAACGAAACUCUGGCAAAACGUCAUUCAUCGAAUUCCUUCGCAAUGCACUCGCAGAUAAGAAGAAGCAGGAGAAGACGCCUUCGCCACCGCAGACGGCCUUCCCUGGCGACUCCGCCUUCACGCCGUAUUAUCUAGAGACGGACAUUGACCAUGAACGCAUCGGCGUCACGUUAUGGGACUCACAGGGUUUGGAGCGAAAGUUCGUCGACCUUCAGCUCAGAGAGAUGUCCUCAUUCUUGGAAUCUAAAUUCGAGGAGACAUUUUCGGAGGAGCAGAAAGUCGUCCGCGCGCCGGGCGUGCGUGAUACCCACAUCCAUUGCGUCUUCCUUAUUCUCGAUCCCACGAGACUGAACGCGAACCUGGUGUCGACGCGGAAGGGCAAGCAGACCAGCUCCUCGCUGGACGAACCAGCGCGGCUUAUCGGUGCUCUAGACGAGGACUUGGACAUCCAGGUCCUGAAGACGCUCCAGGGCAAAACGACUGUGAUUCCUGUCAUAAGCAAGGCGGACACCAUCACUACCACGCACAUGGCAGUGCUGAAGAAGUCGGUGUGGAACAGCUUGAAACAGGCCAAGAUUGAUCCGCUAGAGGUGUUGAACGUUGUCGACGACUCAGAAGAAGAAGGCAGCUUCGACGAGCGCGACGAGGACGCGUACCUGGACUCUUCCAACGACGGUCCGGCUGCUGGUAACUCUUCCCAGGUCAUCGACAACCUUGCCGACGGCUCAUCGGAUGAGGGUGAAAAUGAAGAGCGUGAGGGCGCAUCACCCCCCACUUCAUCGCCGCGCUCGAACAACAAGGACGCUGUCAAGGCCCAUCGCCGCAGUCUAUCGUCUGCACUAGAUGCUACCGCCGAAGAGGAGAUACCCUUCUUGCCCAUGUCAAUCAUCUCCCCGGACAGCUAUGAACCGGGCCUCAUUGGACGUCGCUUUCCUUGGGGCUUCGCCGACCCGUACAACCAGGAGCACUGCGACUUUGUACGCCUCAAGGAUGCCGUGUUUUCCGAGUGGCGUGCCGAGCUUCGCGAGGCCAGCCGUGAGGUCUGGUACGAAGGCUGGCGGACAAGUAGGCUGCGCAAGCGGGACAGAGCGCCGAGCCUGGGCGCAAAGGAGUACAGGAAGACAGUGCAGGCGCAAACGGGGAUGACCAGCGGCGCGUACAGGCAAGGCAUGGCCUUCUAGGUCACGCUCGCCGCGCCUGUUCGCCCAUCUUACGAUCUUCUGGCUUCACUUCUUGCAAGAAAGUAUUUUUAGGGUUCGCGUCUUGACGUGGACGGCACUUUGAAAAAAUGCGAAGGGGGGCGUGGCACCAGCAGGAGCAGGAUCUCUCGCCAUGCGGAAAAGAGCCUGGAGAGAUGAGUCCGUGGGGUCGAACCUUCUUUUCGGCGCACCAGGAAGGAGCGGGUCAGCAGCUGCGAAGACAGCCUGGCAACACCCCGGAGUCAACAUAUGUUCUUCUUCCUUCCUUCGUUUCUGCUUCGUCUUCUUCUUCUUCUUCUUUGUUCCUUCCGUUUCGUUGCAGCAUUUAGCGCGGUGUGGGGGCCCCUAAAUCCUUCUGGUGUGGAUUCUUUCAAGUGUUGCCUGAGUCUUGGAAUUAUUUUUAUCUUUAUUUUUUAUUUCUUUUUUUAAAAAAAAUUCCUCACUGCACCGCUAUCCUCUCUACCUCCCUUCCCCACACUCCCUACCCCCCCAAACCCUUUUUUUUUCUUCGCGAUUAUAUCCCAUAUCUCACCAGCCGCCUCUUUGUAUUUUCUCUAUUUUUGCGACGUCUUGUCACGCUUCACGGACCUCUGUGUAAGUUUCUUUUGACCUGUUCAUAUGUCAUGCGGUUGCCCUUCUUGUCUCGCUGCUGCUGCUGCUGCUGCCGCCGCUACCCGCUGCCCGCUGCCGCUUUAUUGAAGGGGAGACGUUCUCACGCCUGCCAGACUGAGGCCUUUGCGUUUUCUAUGUCUGAAACCAUUUUUUUAAAAAAAAUUUUUUUUUCUUCCGUAUUCAAACGAGCCAGGGCGUCGGGGCAGGAAGUGAGGUUUAAACACGUGAUGUGUAGUUGUGCGCGUGUCUGUUGAGCGAACGUGGACAUGUGCUGAAAUUACAUCUUCUUUUGUACUUAGGCUUGGUACACCGGAGCCGUAGUCCCCCCUCCCCGAAUACGAAGAAUGGUCUAUUCUUUUCUUUUU